UCACAGAUUUCUUCACAUUUUGCCAAUGGAUGUGUUUUCAGGUUUCCUGGGGCUCCUGAGGAAAAUUGUCGCCAUGGGCCCUGCGCUGUUCCUGCUCGGCCUCACCGCCCUUAUCGCUCCAUCUGCGAGUUACAGUUGCUAUGGUGAUAUAAGUACUCUUCAAGCCCCUGUGAUUUCCUGUACAGCUGUAAGGGCCCCUGACUGCGGAAUGGAUGCAGUAAAGAGGACUGCUGAGAUAGACACUGUACGUCUGAGGAAAUACGAGAUCUCUAUUAAGAGAGUAGCCAGAAAUCUGUGCUUAGACCCAGCGCUCAUCGCUGCCAUCAUCUCACAGGAGAGUCGUGUUGGCUUUCUCUUAAAUGAUGGUUGGGACCAGGGAAGACGCAAGUUUGGCUUGAUGCAGAUUGACAGACAGUAUCCUAGCCUUUAUGGAACCUGGGAUAGUGAAGAACACAUAAAUCAAUGUUCAAAUAUCCUAGCUCUUUCAAUCAAUGAAGUUCGGGCAAGACAUCCUACCUGGAACUGGGAACAGCAGCUGAGAGGGGGAAUCUGCGCCUAUCGUUCAAAGAUUGGCAAUGUCCAGGUCUAUGAUGAAGACCCAUGCCAUGGAGACAACUACUAUGUCAAUAAUGUUAUCAGGCGAGCCCAGUACUUUAAGAGGCAGGGGUUCUAGCUCAUAAAUUGACCCCAUCACAGAACUUCUUUACAGAUGGACUGGUCUUCUCACAACUUGGGGAGAGACAGGAACAUCUGAGGGAAAUUAAUGUUUCAUAGACUAACCCGAUAGUGACUGUAGUAUCAAAACCAAUUCCUCCAGGAUUUCCUGGUAAGCAGGUGCUGGCAGCAUCAGUAAAGGACUUGCUCCAGCAGUCCAGUGACCCCCUGUCCUCAGCUGUCCCCAUUCGCCUGGCAGAGGGAGCAGGCCAUUGCCAAGGGGCGAGCUCAGCAGUGCCUGUCUGAGGGUACCAGGUACUGUCAAGAACUAGAAGUCAUGAGCUCAGGGCUUUUAAAAGGAAGAUGGGAACAGGCUGGUCAUGUUUAAAUGUUGCAUUCAGAAGGAGUCAUUCGCCUCCUCCCGUUCAGAACUGAAUUUGCGGCUGAUCAUGUAUCGCCCAGAUGCAGAUGGACAAGCAGUUCUGCCUUUGUACCAGCUGUACUGUUCCUGUCUCUGUCCCCAUCCUUCCCUCUACCCAUCCAAAAGGGAGGGGAAAAAACCCAGAGUUAAAGCCUUCUUUCCUCUUGAUUAUGCUGGCUACUUGGCAAUGAAGAGACUUCUCUCCGAGUCUUUGAUCUUUGGACAUUUCUGCAUUAGUUGAUUAUUCCUGUGGCCAGCCUCAUAAGAAAAACACAAAAUACACUUGUUUUAAUCUCCUUAGCCCUGGAGCCUACAGCAGUGGCAUGGCUAGUAAACUCUACAGGGUAAACAACAGCCUUACACAGGGGAAAUCCUCUAUAUUGGAAAUGCUGCAAGUGCCGUAGGAGGCAUGCAGUACACCUUUCUAAGCAGGAGCUGGCUGCGUAUGUACCCACCAAAGGAGCUGUAUCACAAUGACAGUGUUGGUGUAAACCUCACAACCUCUCCUGCUUUAGCUUUGGCACAUUUACACUGCGGCCCGUCAAGUUUAAAACAUGCACGUAUUUCAGCAUCUGUCCCUCUGUCAUGAAUCCCAACUUUUAAUUAGGAAGUGAAUUGGAUUUGGGUUUAUAAACUUUGUUUGGAAAAGUGUUUUUCAAUGUGGAUGGAUCUGGGUGCAAAUUUAGGUUUACUGAGAAUCCAAAUAAAGAGAAAUGUA